UGUCCAAGAUGGCAGCCUCCUUGCAACAACCCGAAAUUUUGGCCAAAAUUCGCACUCCUACAGGAGUCGAUAAAGUUUACAAAGAUGAAUGUGCCCUCUCAUUUGAUAGCCCGGAAAGUGAGACUGGUCUGUAUGUGUGUAUGAACCGUUUCCUUGGUUACGGCCGAAAGCAUGUGCUCCAGUAUUAUGAGAAGACCAAUAAUGCUGUCUUCCUGCACCUGAGGACCAUAAAAAGAGAGGCCCCACCGGCUGAAGAUGAUCCUCCAAAAAAGAAACCAACCAAAAUGGCAAUCGGUGUUGAAGGUGGAUUUGCGGUCGAUGAAAAGAAAUAUGAGUUUGAGUACCACAAUUCCAUCUUCAUUCUGCCGCAGUUCCAAAAGAUCGAGCUCACUGAUCCGAAUCUGCCUGAACCAGUCAGGCAGUCUGCCGAAGGGAUCAUUACGGCCGAAUCGGCGGCAAGAGCGGAAGAACUCGCAGCAAUGGCGGGAACUUGGGAGGGGGAGAAGAUAAACAAGUCCAAGCAUGCAGACAAUUUGGUACAACUUGACAAUGGCAUAAAGAUCCCAACAUCGGGUUGGAAAUGUUCGAUGUGUGAUAAGAGGGACAAUCUGUGGGCAAACUUGUCUGAUGGCACGAUCCUCUGCGGUAGGAAAUACUUCGAUGGGACUGGUGGGAACAACCAUGCUAUUGAGUAUUUCCAUCAGACGCGUUAUCCCCUGGUGGUGAAACUUGGAACUAUUACUCCGAAUGGUGCUGAUGUGUAUUCAUAUGAUGAAGAUGAGAUGGUCGAAGACCCGCAUCUAGCAAAACAUCUUGCUCAUUUUGGCAUCAACAUGAUGAAGAUGGAAAAGACUGACAAGACCAUGGUCGAACUCGAGAUAGACUUGAACCAAAAGGUCGGCGAGUGGGACAUCAUCCAGGAGUCGAAUAGUAAACUUGCUCCAGUUUAUGGUCCAGGGUUUACCGGCAUGAAGAACCUCGGUAACAGCUGUUACAUGAACUCUGUUAUGCAAGUCCUGUUCUCAUUUCCAGACUUUAGAAGAAGAUAUGUUGACAAUGUGCAACAGAUCUUCAGGAAUGCUGCUGGUAAUCCGUCGGGAGAUUUUACUGUGCAAAUGGCCAAACUGGGCAACGGGCUCCUGUCGGGUGAUUACUCCCACCCACCACCAGAGGGAGCGGGAGAUCCACAGCCCGACCAGGGAAUCCAUCCACAAAUGUUCAAGACGCUAAUCGGGCGUGGCCAUGCGGAGUUUUCAACCAAGCGCCAACAGGACGCGCAGGAGUUCAUUCUUCAUAUGUUCAAUCUGAUUGAGCGGAGCAGCCGAGACCAGCUGAAUCCGUGUGAUUGUUUCAAGUUCCAAAUCGAAGAAAGAAUCCAAUGUAUACAGUCGAAAAAGGUGAAAUAUUCCAACCGAGAAGAGAAUAUACUGGCUCUGCCAAUCCCCAUGGAUGUGGCUACUAAUAUGGAUGAGGUUGCCAAGUAUGAGGCAAAGAAGAAACUUCUCCAAGAAUCUGGACAUGCAGUUGACCCUAAGGAGAUUGUGCGACCCAAGAUCUCGUUGAAGAACUGUAUUGAUGCAUUCCUGGCGGACGAGGUUGUCGACGACUUUUAUAGUACGGCAUUAGAAUCGAGAUCUGUUGCUAGCAAACGUACAAGAAUCUCCACUUUCCCCGAUUACCUGAUUAUCCAACUAAAGAAGUUCACGAUAGGCGAUGACUGGACUCCAAAGAAAUUAGAUGUGUCUAUGGACAUGCCAGACGAGGUUGACUUUGGGAAUAUGAAGGGUGCGGGCAAACAGACAGGGGAGGAGGAUCUACCGGAACCUGGGGGAGAUGUACCGGCUGUCCAGAUAGAUCCAAUAGCAGUGCAACAGCUGUCUGACAUGGGCUUCCCGGCCGAGGCUUGUAAAAAGGCUGUCUAUAUGACCAAGAAUGCUGGGGUCGAGAUCGCUAUGCAAUGGGUGAUGGAACACAUGGAAGAUGCAGAUUUUGCUGCACCAUUUGUGAUACCAAGCAAAGAACAAUCUUCAGCUGGCUUCACUGCCAACGAAGAACACAUCAUCAUGCUCAUGUCCAUGGGAUUUACACGCGAGCAGACGAUUAGGGCUCUCAAGGCGACCGACAACAACCUGGAACGGGCUGCCGAUUGGAUCUUCAGCCACGCCAAUGAGCCCAUGGACACCGGGAGCGGCGAGGCUGCUGGGCCGCAGUACAGGGAUGGAAAUACGAAAUACAAAUUAGUCGCUUUCAUCUCUCACAUGGGGAUGUCCACGCAGUGCGGCCAUUACGUCUGCCAUAUCCUCAAAGAUGGCCGCUGGACGAUAUUCAACGACGAGAACGUAGCCCUAUCGGAACAUCCUCCGAAGGAUUUGGCCUAUAUUUACUUCUACCAGCGGUUAUAAGAAGAGUUGGUGAUUGACAAUGAAAAUGGCUGCCAAACACUUUCUGUGUCUCCACAAGAAGAUUUCAGAUGUACAAGAUUCCAUCAACCGAUGCAACCAUUUUGAGAUAUCAUAACAUAUGCUCUAGGGUCACUGUGAAACUAGUAUUCAAAUCUAUAAACAGGCGCAAUGGAUCCAACAAAAAUAGAUUUCAAUGAAGAAAUGUGAUAGAAUGUUCGAGUCCUGAACAAAUUUAAACUGUUCAUCAACUAAAAAAAGAAGUGUUUAAGUAGGAUAUCAUCUCAUCACUUGUCACUGUGAAACCAGGAUUCUAGUCUUUGUUUCCACCAAAAAAAUUAUUUCAAUAAAGAAAUAUGGUGGAACAAAGUUAAAAACUGUUCAUUCACUACCAGUUGGAAAACUUAACCCGAAGCUUUUACUUCCAACUUGAAGCUUCGUCAUUGACCAGACAUGUGACUCGAAGAUGCUGUCCCAUAUUCCCAUACGGUAUAGUGCUAGUUCCUAUAGAGUUACUACUCAUAUGUGCUUUGAUGUACUCUUGCCCUUUCACAGCUUGAACUGGAAACAAUCGUCAUAACUCCGAUAUAAGUAUAAGUGGUCAAAAUAUACGCUUAUGUAACUGUAUACUGUGUGUAUUCAAAAGUUCCAAAAUGGCCCCCACAUGAUGUGAUAAUUUCAAAUCCGGUUUUGAAUUUUCCAUUUUGUGUGGGAUUCGCUGCUAUUGUUGGGUAGAAGGUGACUGGGUAGCUGACAGCUUGGUGAUAUUGCCCUCAGUAAUGCCAUUAGACCUUUAACACAGGCCAGGUGGAGUGGGUUGUAAGCUAUGGAAUAGAGGAUGAAGCAAUUUGAACUUUCUUGAUAACACUGCUUAUACACAAAUAUGUGCUGCCAUCUAUUAGAUGAAAAUGACAUUUACAUGUACAUGUAUGUGCUAAGUUGAUGCUUUUCAACUACCUCUGAGAAUAUGCAUUUGAUGUUUACAAAAUGAUGGACCCUUUGAAUUUAUGGUCUCAAAUUGAUUUUUGAUGUUUCUUGAGCUUCCGGCUUGAACUUUCAAUAUUACAGGCCUACAACGUUCGCCAAAAAAUUUGAAAUUUGCAACUGAAUUAGAAAAUUUCAAAUCGGGUAAAUAGGUAUUGAAAAUCAAUUUCAACAAUGCUGUUUUGUAGAUAGAUAUACAAAAAUUAUAAUUUUCAGCUUAAGAUUCAGCAUAGUUGUAUUCAUGAUAAUUGCGCUGUGGCACUGGGUAUAACUGAAGUUCUAUUUUCUUGAGUCACCAGUAAUUACAAAUGGUAUACCCCUUUAAAAGGGAUCCAAUCAUGAGUAAAAACUUCUUAUUUGGCCAUGCUCAUCGUAGUAAAUAUCAGUAUUUAGGAUGACCUCUUUUACAAGUCGGUAAUGCAGUGGAAAAUGUUAUGUAAUCUGGCCAAGUAAUCAGCUCACAUGAUGACAGUUUCAAGGAUCCCAUUGGUGAUGCAAGGUUUGUCAAUGAAGGCAAAAAAUGACUCUUCACUGUGUUCACCUUGGGGAGAGUCCUUGCAUCUAGUGAAUCCAGUGAAUAUUUUCGUUUCUACGUUUUCAAAGAAUUGAAUAUGCUUUCAUUACUUUUUCAUCUCAUUGUUUGUAAAUUGGUUAAACAUAUUGUUAUUAUUUAAUUGAUGUUUGUCUUACAAUAAAUGC